AUGCUUGUUCUUCCCGCUCUUAGCUGGCCUCUCUCUGUGUUUGUGCUGCAGAUUAACCUGAGGCUCAUUCUGGUCAGCGGCAAAACGAAAGAGUUCCUGUUUUCUCCAAACCACUCGGCCGCAGACAUCGCAAAACACGUGUACGACAAUUGGCCCAUGGACUGGGAGGAGGAGCAGGUGAGCAGCCCCAACAUCCUGCGGCUCAUUUACCAGGGACGCUUUCUCCACGGCAACGUCACACUAGGAGCUCUCAAACUGCCCUUGGGGAAGACCACAGUGAUGCAUUUAGUUGCCAGAGAGACUUUGCCCGAGCCAAAUUCCCAAGGUCAGAGAAAUCGUGAGAAGACCGGCGAGAGCAACUGCUGCGUCAUCCUACUUCGAGCUCGUCCCAACGCCCUGUCUCGCCCGCCUCGUCACCCAGAAGGACACGCGAUCGGACGUCUUUCCCUCUCCAUCUCCAUCGGACACAGAGACAUUGUGACCACAGGCUCAGCCCCGGGACUUCACUUUAAAAGAGCUGAUUCAAACGAUAGCGUUGAUUCCUUUUGUCGUAACUUGAUGAUCCGUCUUAGGAAGGAACUGGAUUUGCAUGUCACCUUUUUGUUAUUUUGA